AUGGAUCACCGCAGAAGCAUGUCGGGACAGAAGAGCAAGGUUCCACGAGACCAACCAGUUAUUUCGAACGAAAAGCGUACAGAGCGAAUGAUGGUGCAAACGAAAGAGAAGGCCCAGGUGAGGUCAAGGAACCCCGUCAAAGAAUCCUCCAGUGCAGGAAACAGAGGAGAGUGGGAGAGGUCGCGCUCAAAGAGAGCAAGUCAUCAUGACGGAUCUAGUCCGAAUGUCAAGAAGAAGGAGAAAGAACCCGCGGAGACUCCAUGGAACCCCCAAGCCUCUUUACUACCUCGCUCGACUGCGCCGCUAGCUAGUCGCGUCUCCGUCCCGCCCUUGGCUUCGGCGCUGCCCCAGACACUGCAUCCGCCAUCGAUUCGAGAGCUCUCUGCCGACGCGCAAGAGAGGCUUUUGCUCGAGGACCUACUAUUCGUUUUCAUGGGGUUUGAGGGCCAGUACAUUCAUUACCACAGCUCAUAUGAUCCAUCCGCGGAGAAGGAUCGUCUCACGGGACCGGUAUAUCAGCUUCCCUCGGGACUUGACCCGACUUUAAGGGACCUUACGCUCUCGAUGCUCAAAAUGGCCACCCACUACAGUGCCAUGGAGUCAUUCGUGGAAGUCCAGAGCCGCGCAGAGUUUGGCGCCGUCAGUCAUGCUUUGUGCGCCGCCAUCAGAAAGCUACUCAAAGACUACCUGAUCCUCAUCGCUCAGCUAGAAAGUCAGCUUGUCAACAACCCAAGUUUCACGCUACAUAUCCUCCAUUUACAUACCAUGCCAACCAGUCAGUGUCUGUCGCAGCUAUAUGCGCUGGGGCAAGAAUUACUCCGGCGAAAUGGCCUAUUGGACCAGGACAUCGAUGACACGAUCGACGAUUUCGACGAUGUGGACAAUAUCAUUGAACAACUCAAGGAGGGCGGGGAACUGGUUCCUGGUGGUAUGUCUAGCAAGAGAAUCUGCAAGGGAGGAAACGUGCUCCGGCUUCUGACGGAGCGACUGGCAACCUUUUCGGGCGACCCGACCACCAAAGCUCUCCUGGAAACCCUGCUACGGGAAGCCAGCCGGCCGUACAUGACGAUGCUUAACGAGUGGCUGCACCACGGAGGAAUCAAGGAUCCCCACGCCGAGUUUCUCGUCAAAGAGCAGAAAUGGAUCAAGCGAGAGAAGCUCGAGGAAGACUACACGGACGAGUACUGGGAGAAGCGAUACACCAUCCGCGAGAACGAAGUUCCGCCACAGCUCGACAGCGUGCGAGACCGUGUUCUUCUAGCCGGAAAGUAUCUCAACGUGGUGCGAGAAUGCGGCGGUGUCGACGUGAGCAAAGCGGUCAAAGACGUGCCCAAGAGUUUUGAUGAUCCUCGAUUCUUGGACAACGUCAACGCUGCCUACACCUACGCCAACGCGUCACUUUUGAACCUGCUUUUGACCAAGAACUCCCUCACGACGCGCUUCCGUUCUUUGAAACAUUACUUCUUCCUGGACCGUUCCGAUUUCUUCUCAUACUUCAUUGAGCUGGGAACAUCGGAGCUCCGCAAGCCGGCAAAGAGCGUAAACGAAAGCAAGCUCCAGUCGCUCCUUGAUCUCGUUCUCCGCCAGCCCGGCAGCAUCGCCGCACAAGAUCCAUUCAAGGAGGAUGUCAAGGUGCGGAUGAAUAAGGUCGGACUCACCAAGUGGCUGAUGCAGGUGGUCAGCGUGUCGGGGAUCGACCAGGACAACCCCGAUGCGGCGAUCGAACGGUACCAGGCUCCCCCGACGAGCGGAGAAGAUGACAAGGACAUCACUGGGUUUGACGCACUUGAGCUCGAUUACUCGGUUCCCUUCCCUCUGUCUUUGGUCAUUAGCCGAAAGACGGUUCUCCGAUAUCAGCUGAUUUUCCGACACCUUCUGUCGCUUCGACAUUUAGAGGGCCUCCUGCUUACUUCCUGGCUGGACCAGAACAAAGUCAUGGCUUGGCGGCAUAGGUCUUCCGACCGGCGGCUAGAGAUGUGGAAAAAGCGGGCGUGGAGCCUCCGCUCGAAGAUGCUUGUGUUUGUGCAGCAGCUCCUCUACUUCUACACGGCGGAGGUUGUCGAGCCCAACUGGCAGAACCUGAUGGAUCGCGUCAACGGGACGGAUGCGGAUGGUUCUGAAGUAACUGUCAAUGGGACCAAGCAAGUUAACCGAACUGUGGAUGAGCUGAUGCAGGACCACGUGGAUUUCCUGGAUACCUGUCUCAAGGAGUGCAUGUUGACUCAAGCCAAGUUACUCAAGAUUCAUUCCAAAUUGAUGACGUGCUGUACGAUGUUCGCCUCCUGGACUGCAUCAUCACUUGCCAGGGCCCUAGCUUCAGCAGACCCCGACUUGACAGGCAAUAAACAAACCAACCCUGACGGGAGAAGCUAUGACCCGACACGGAUCGGCAAGCUAGAAGACACGCUGAAAAGAUACGAAGACCAUUUCAACCGACAUUUGCGUAUCUUGAUGGACAGUCUGAACUACUUUGCGGCCACGGAAAGCGUUGUUCUUCUCAAGCUGGCGCACGCCUUGAGUUCCAUCAGCAAAGAGGACUGA